CAACAAACAGGCCCAGUACAAGUUUGACUUCAUCGCGAGAAGGAAAGGCCGUGAAGACAUCCGAAAUAAUAUUUAUUAAAUCCUACAGCCUGUUGCUGCAGUAGCUAUAUUUACUACAUGCUGCUGAAUCACACUUUCGCCGAACGUUUGGGUGAAAGUUUGGACCUUUCUUACACUCAUUUAAGAUGUGGUUAGCAGUCCUCGUGAUCGUGUCAAUUAUUGCCCUUCUCCUUUAUUUAGACACUGUCAAACCCAAGAAAUUUCCUCCUGGACCAAAAUGGUUACCAAUUGUAGGAAGUGCCAUAGAAGUAAAUAAAAUGCGAGAAAAGACUGGAUAUCUUUAUAAAAGUGUUAAAGAAUUGAUAAGUAUUUACUGUGCAGGAGCGCCCGUAAUUGGUCUCAAAAUAGGAAAAGACCGUAUUAUUAUGGUUAAUAGUGUAGAAGCAAAUAAAGAAAUGCUUUAUAACGAAGAUAUUGACGGAAGACCAAAAGGAAUUUUUUAUCAAACUAGAACUUGGGGCAAAAGAAGAGGAAUUCUUCUCACCGACGGAGAACUAUGGAAAGAACAGAGAAGAUUUCUAAUCAAACAUUUAAGAGAAUUUGGUUUUGGAAGAAGAGGCAUGAGUGAGAUUGCAUUUUCUGAAGCUGGUCACAUGAUAAACGAUGUACUAGAAAUAAUGCAAAAUAACAAUAGUGCAGUAAUUCAAAAUAUGCACAGCUUUUUUAACACUUAUAUUCUUAACACGCUAUGGACAAUGAUGGCUGGUAUUCGCUACAGGCCAAGCGAACCAGACAUGAUAUUAUUGCAGAAUAUUUUAUUUGAGUUAUUUGCCGCGAUCGAUAUGGUUGGAUGUGUGUUUAGCCAUUUCCCGAUUUUAAGCCUAAUAGCACCAAAAUCUUCGGGCUACACAGACUUCGUCAGAACACAUAAAAGAAUUUGGAAAUUUUUGCGCGAUGAAAUUACAAAACACAAAUUACAAUUUAACCCAAAAAAUGAAGAUAGAGAUUUUAUGGAUGUUUACAUAAGGGCCUUAAAUGAACACGGAGAAGUGAACACGUAUUCUGAAGGACAGCUUGUGGCCAUUUGUAUGGACAUGUUCAUGGCUGGGACGGAGACUACAAAUAAGAGUAUGAGUUUCUGUUUCAGUUACCUGGUAAGGGAACCAGAAGUUCAGAAAAAAGCUCAGGAAGAAAUAGAUAGAGUCGUUGGUAAAAAUCGAAUGCCUUGCCUUGAUGAUCGUCCUAACAUGCCAUACAAUGAAGCAAUUUUACAUGAAAGUAUCCGUCAUUUUAUGGGUAGAACUUUUGGAGUGCCACAUAGAGCUUUACGAAACACUACUUUGGCUGGAUAUAAUAUACCCAAAGACACGAUGGUGGUCAGCAAUUUCCCAAAUAUCCUAAUGGAUCCGGAACUUUUCCCGGAGCCCUAUGGAUUCAAACCGGAGAGGUUUAUUGUGGACGGGAAGAUCAGUUUGCCAGACAACUUUUUUCCCUUCGGGAUAUCCAAGCAUAGAUGUAUGGGAGACGUAUUAGCUAAAUGUAAUAUGUUUAUGUUCAUAACAACCAUGCUUCAGAGAUUCACGUUCUUGCCCUGUCCAGGGGAGUCUCCGCCAUCUCUUGACCAUGUCGAUGGAGCUACUGCAUCGGCAGCUCCUUUUAACGCUUUGGUGGUAACAAGAAUGUAAUGCUUUAGAAAUACAAUAUGUGAUUUUAGAAAUAUAUUUAGGUAUUCGUGAGUCUUAAAUAUGAUUUAUUUACUUACAUACAAAAUUAGUAAAGGAGACAUUAGUUCA